GGGCUUGUCGGUGGACAAUCCGGCCCAUAAGGACUUGUACGAGUUGAUGAAGGAAGAGGCCGCCGAGGGAAGGCGGCGGACAAGCCAGGACCCUGCCAACUUGGUCCCGCAGUGCCGUUGCGACCCCAAGGUGCAGCCACCUUACUCUUCGAACCAGAUAACGGAGACGGCCAUGCACCGCGAGGUCCUGGCCGUGUACCACGGCGCUAGCCCCUACACCAAGCCUUACUACGACAUGGGCCAUUACAUGGACGGCCGGAACGAGGACAACUGGAUCAUCCGAUGGCUCAUGUGGCACGUGUUCCGCUACCGAGACAACCGUAACCGGCACCGCAACGGUGAAGCCAUUUCGUCCACGAGGUCAGGGAGACAGGCCGACGGCCAAGAAGCUGUGUCCGAUCAGUCUGACGGCCAUUUUGAGAGGCGCAACACCGCCGGUGGAACGUUGGGAGCGCGCUACGACCCCGUCCGGGACCUCUGAUCCGGCCAGCGGAUAACCGGACAACAUUAUGUGGCAACAAAUUCUGAGUUGGCGACAAAUUUUCGGUGGCGGCAUAUCUUCAUUGGCGACAUGUUCUGAGUUUGCGACAACAUCCUUCGUUGGCGGCGGGCUGAGGCAUGGCCGCUCCUCUGUUGCCAGCAGCAUAACUUACGCCCGUUCGCGCAAGAGAUGGUAUACCUGGCGUUUGGAGUUGAGGGCAGUGCACAGACAGCUGGUCCCGCCGUGUCGCCGCGCCGCCGCGCCGCCGCAGCUGGCUGUCGUCUCACGCCAUUGUGUCUCUUUGUUUUCCUUUCUUCGCUUCUGCUCUUCUCCUUUCUAGACCGUCCUUGAAUAGUCUGUCGUAGCACGCCCAUGCUGGCAGGGGC